UUCAGCACUGAUGCUUGGGUAUGUUUCUGUUCACAGCAUGCGCUGCCAGUCCCUUCUGCAUAUGGCCAUGUUCCGUUACAAGAAAGAUGCUGCCAUGAAGUACUCCAGGAUCCUGAAUGACCACUUCAAGAGCUCUUCUAGAUCAACACAAUUACAUUCUCCGUGUGCUGCAAAAAGCACAGGCAUGACUUAUGCUGGCAGCUACAGUGGGAACAGCAUUGGCUCUUCAGUCACUGUUCCCUACAACAUCCCAAACAUCACCUCUGCCUGCAUCAGCAUCACUUCCUAUAUCCUCUAUGCCUGUGAUAUUUGGGAAAAAGCCAAUGCACUGGCCAGGAAGAACACGGAGAUUUUUGCUGAACUCAGCACAGCGACGUGCGCUCUGGCACUGAACAGCAGCAUGACCGAAGAGGUACGCUAUGCUAGGCAGGGUUUACAGUGGCUGAGACGGGAAGCAAGUACACCUUAAGGUGGGUGAGUACCUGGAAAUGUUUUGCACUUUUGAAGCCUCAGUAACAGUCUGACUCAUUGAAUUCUUGGAUUAAAAGAACCUGCAUGG